GACAAGUAAGAGGCGGCACCGCGUAACUUGUGUUGAUUGUCAAAGUGUCAAGGAGCCCAAUUCCCGGAAGUUGUGAGUUCUGAGAAAGUUUCUGUACUUGUGUGCACGAGUCUGCGAAUUCCCAACUAUGAGCGCCCCGGGCGUGCAGUCGUUUACCCAGCAGGGCUGGGAGCAGGUGCUGGCCAAAGUGAAACGGGCUGUGGUCUACCUGGACGCCGCCUGUGCCGAAAGCCUGCACUGGGGCUGCGGAUCCACCCGGCUCCUGGAGGCGGUGGGGGGACCUGCGUGUUACUUGCGGGAGUUCGAGCCCGCAGCAGUCGGUGGCGGAGCUAAGCAGCCCAAGGCGGUGUUUGUGCUGAGCUGCCUACUGAAAGGCCGAACCGUGGAGACUCUACGGAACAUCAUCUGCCGCAGUCACUUCCAGUAUUGUGUGGUGGUCACGACUGUGAACCACGCUGUCCACCUCACGGCUAAUCACGUGCCAGCCGCGGCAGCGGCGGAGCUGGAGGGGCAGCAGCCGGUGUUCGAGCAACUAGAAGAGAAGCUGUGUGAGUGGAUGGGCAACAUGAACUACACCGCCGAGGUGCUUCACGCCCCACUGUUGCUCGCCCCUGCCGCUCCCUACCUUGCCUUGACUCCAGCCUUUGCUUCCCUGUUUCCACUGCUACCCCAGGAUGUGCAUCUCCUUAACAGUGCCCGACCGGACAAGAGGAGGCUGGGAAGCCUGGGUGAGGUGGAUGCCACUGCCCUGACCCCUGAGCUGCUACUGCAGAUCAGGUGCCUGGUGUCAGGCCUCAGUUCUCUGUGUGAGCACCUAGGGGUCCGAGAGGAGUGUUUUGCUGUAGGUUCCCUCAGUAGGGUCAUCGCUGCAGAUCUGGCCAAUUAUGCCCCUGCCAAGAACAGGAGGAGGACUUCUGCAGGCAGGGCAUCAGUGGUCUUUGUGGACAGAACUCUGGAUCUCACAGGAACGGUUGGACAUCAUGGCGACAACUUGGUAGAGAAGAUCAUUUCGGUGCUCCCCCCGCUUCCUGGUCACACCAAUGACGUGAUGGUUAACAUGGUAGAGCUCACGGCUCUGCAGAAUGAGGAGGAGAAUCAGAACGUGGUGGCACCAGGCUGUCUCGCACAGUCCAAUGACACCGCAGCCAAAGCCCUGUGGGAAGCCUUAUUGAACACCAAGCACAAAGAGGCAGUGAUGGAAGUCCGGAGACAUCUAGUGGAAGCAGCAAGCAGAGAAAACCUGCCAAUCAAGAUGAGUAUGGGGAGAGUUACUCCGGGGCAGCUGAUGUCCUAUAUUCACCUCUUCAAGAACAAUCUCAAAGCUCUAAUGAAUCACUGUGGACUCUUGCAGCUUGGGCUGGCCACUGUUCAAACUCUGAAACACCCACAGACUGCCAAGUGGGACAACUUUCUGGCUUUUGAAAGGCUCCUUCUCCAGAGCAUUGGGGAGUCGACGAUGUCUGUUGUGUUAAAUCAGCUGCUUCCCAUAAUCAAGCCUUUGAAUCAGAGGACCAAUGAUGACUACAGCCCCGAAGAACUGUUGAUCCUCCUAAUAUAUAUUUAUUCUGUCACUGGAGAGUUCACAGAGGACAAAGACCUGGCUGAAGCUGAAGAAAAAGUGAAGAAAGCAUUGGCCAAGGUCUUUUGUGAGGAGUCUGAGUUGUCACCUUUGCUGCAAAAAGUCACAGGGUGUGACUCUUCAAUUAACCUGACAUUUCACAAAUCCAAAAUUGCCGUGGAUGAACUCUUUACUUCGCUUCGGGAUAUUGCUGGAGCUCGGAAUCUCAUGAAACAGUUUAAGUCUGUGUAUGUUCCUGGAAAUCAUACCCACCAGGCGUCCUAUAAGCCAUUGUUGAAGCAGGUUGUGGAGGAAAUAUUUAAUCCCGAAAGGCCAGAUCCCGUUGAUAUUGAACACAUGUCUUCAGGCCUCACUGAUCUCCUUAAAACUGGAUUUAGCAUGUUCAUGAAGGUGAGCCGGCCUCAUCCCAGCGACCACCCUCUCUUGAUCCUGUUUGUGGUGGGCGGAGUCACAGUGUCUGAAGCCAAAAUGAUCAAAGAUCUCGUGCUAUCCCUGAAGCCGGGAACCCAGGUAAUCGUGCUGUCCACUCGACUCCUGAAGCCACUUAACAUUCCUGAGCUAUUAUUUGCAACUGAUCGGCUACAUCCAGACCUUGGCUUCUGAGCAUCUGCUAAGAAGAUGAGACCUACGUGAGCUGGAAAUACCAUGCUAUUGUCUGUCACCGUUCAACAUAUGCCUCCAGAUCCAGUGUCCGUAGUACCAAGUGUGGGUGUGACUGAAUUCUGCCCGAAGGGUCUUGAGAACCCACAGUGAAGUACUUUGCUUUGAUUCCUUUGAUUCUU